GACGCGCCUUUACGUUGGCGCGUCACGGGGGGCAGCGUGUGAGGUCAUCGCGCGGGCGAGCGGGCGGGGUCGGGCGGUUUGAACGAGACGAAGACGGAACCGGAGCGGGGCGCGGGCAGCGGACGCGGUUCUGCCGAGAGGCGAAGAUGGCGGUGAACGUAUACUCGACGUCGGUCACCAGUGAUAACCUAAGUCGACAUGACAUGCUGGCCUGGAUCAAUGAGUCUCUGCAACUGAAUCUGACCAAGAUUGAACAGUUGUGCUCAGGGGCUGCGUACUGUCAGUUUAUGGACAUGUUGUUCCCUGGCUCCAUUGCCUUGAAGAAAGUGAAAUUCCAAGCUAAGCUAGAACACGAAUACAUCCAGAACUUCAAAAUACUACAAGCAGGUUUUAAGAGAAUGGGUGUAGACAAAAUAAUUCCUGUGGACAAAUUAGUAAAAGGAAAAUUUCAAGACAAUUUUGAAUUUGUUCAGUGGUUCAAGAAGUUUUUUGAUGCAAACUAUGAUGGAAAAGACUAUGACCCUGUGGCUGCCAGGCAAGGUCAAGAAACUGCUGUGGCUCCCUCACUUGUCGCUCCAGCUCUGAACAAACCGAAGAAACCUCUCAGUUCUGGUGGUGCAGCGUCACAGAGGCCCAUUUCAACACAGAGAACUACUGCAACUCCUAAGGCUGGCGCAGGGGUGGUGCGCAAGAAUCCCGGGGUGGGCAAUGGAGAUGAUGAAGCAGCUGAGUUGAUGCAGCAGGUGAAUGUAUUGAAACUUACCGUCGAAGACUUGGAGAAAGAGAGAGAUUUCUACUUCGGAAAGCUAAGAAACAUUGAAUUGAUUUGCCAGGAGAACGAGGGGGAAAAUGACCCUGUUUUGCAGAGGAUUGUGGACAUUCUGUAUGCUACAGACGAAGGCUUUGUGAUACCUGAUGAAGGCGGCCCGCAGGAAGAACAGGAAGAAUACUAACCACCUGGACCAGCAGAGCCACAUCCGAAUUCUUCACUCCAAAUCAUGUGCUUAACUGUAAAAUAUGCCCUUUUAUUACCCUUAGAGGACUCACUGGUUUCUUUUCAUAAGCAAAAAGUACCUCUUCUUAAAAAGUGCACUUUGCAGAAGUUUCACUCCUUUUCCAAUAAGUUUGAUCUAGGAGCUUUUACCUUAUAGCAGAACAGUAUUAACAUCUAGUUGGUUCACCUGGGGAACAGAGGCUGACUGGGGCUCUCACCACGCGAUGCUGGAUGUAAAACACUGAGGUGGGAACCUCAGAUGGAAAGACUGAGUUGAAUUUUAAGCUAAUGUGAAAUCUUGGCAGAGAACAUUUUAAUAAAUGCCUUAAGAGUAUUUAAAAUAUGCUUCCAUAUUUCAAAAUCUCAAAGGUAACCUUAUAGAAGGUUUUCUGUGUUUGACAUUGUGUCUGGGAACGAAGGGUCAGAACUUGGGACCUCGUGAACCUGCUGUCACAGGCCUUCAGGGCUGCUUGAAUCCUCAGAGUCCAAGGCUUUGGCCCAAGGAGAGUUUGAAAGGUGGUUUGGUGUCGUUGACUGAUUGCAUCCCUGCUGAAUAGCAAGCGGCAUUAUGCCCUGGAUGAAUAACGGGUGCUUCCGCUCUGAGCUGGUUGAGUUGAAGAGCCCGAUUUUCACUGAGCAUUUCUCU